AUGUCUACCAAUAGAGAUAUUGAAGUAUAUAACAUAAAGGACAAGGAUUCAAACUCAUGGACAGUGACUUACUCCAUUGGUGAUGACACCUAUUUGUGUGGAUGCAAAAAAUUUGAAAGACUUGGUCUAUUGUGCAGCCAUAUAUUUUCUGUGUUGAAAUAUAAUUUUGUUAAGUUGAUACCCGAGAAGUUGCGUGGAGGAAGAUGGUUGAAGUCACAGUUUAUGAAGCCAAUACAUGGAGGUUUUUGUGAUAAUCAAGAAAUACACCCUUCUGUGGACAAGAAGAAGAUUGCAUUUAAAAACUUGUAUGCAUUAUUCAUUGAAACAGCACAAAGCAUUGAAGGGAACAUUGAUCAAAUCAAUGCAUUUGCUGCAAUUAUUGAAGAAGGUAAAAAGCAGCUUCUUGGAGAAGGUGUUGUUCUGUCUUCCAUAGAGAAGAGAACAUUGAUUGAGAACUUCUAUGGCUCACAUGUUCCGAACAUUAUUGAAGUUCAUCCUCAUGAUGUUGUUAGUACAAAGGGAAGUGGAAGUAGGAAGAAAUCGAAGAGGGAGUCAGCAAUGAAGUUAGCAAUGAAACCAGGCCGAAAGUGUGGAAACUGUCAAGAGAUUGGACACCAUGAUUCUAGGAAUUACAAAAAGGUUAAUGAGAAGGAAAAUCAGAGGCAAUGA